UCACUACUCGCGGUUCGUACUAUACACAGCCCAUUAAAACCGCAUUUUAUCUUUGCUAGACUACUUUAAACCCAUGAAGCAGUGUGAAGGAGGGUGCUUUUGCUAUUUCACGAUCGUCUGGGUUGAGUGAGUGACGGAGCAUGGAGUCCCUCCAAGAAGCGAUGUAAGAGCGAUACCACGGUUUGCCUCCCACUAGAAACUCAAUUCAUCCUCAAAGAUCACAACGUGUUAAGUCAUAAUCGAAUUUAUUGGAACACUCGGUAAUCGGUUUAUCAUCAGCGGAAGUGAAGACACCGGAGUGUUGCUUUUCUGUGAUAUAGGCACUACCAAGCUUGUCUGUGUUUUGACUGGCCCUCCACCCAUCCCAAGAUGCACAUGAAUAGCUUAUUAAACCAGUGCAUGGAGGUCUCCAGGAUGUGCGAGGUAGACGUUUCGUCUGAGCCCACCAGCCCGACACUGUAUAGCGAGUCUUCUGAUACAUACUGCCACGUGGAUCGCUGGCAGAAACUACGCACAGCUGUCCGCAAACUAGAAUUCUGGGAAAACUUCACGCAUGAGCUGAUUGGCAGUGGCUUCUUCUCAAAGGUUUACAAGGUAAACCACAAUACCACACGAAAAGUGGUGGUAGUGAAGAUCUAUAAGAACGAUGUAGACCAGGACAGUAUUGUACGAGAAAUCAGUCUUCUGCAAAAGCUCUCUCACCCUAACAUAGUAAGGUAUCUGGGUAUUUGUGUGAAAGAGGACAAAUUGUAUCCAAUUCUGGAGUACGUUAGCGGAGGAUGUUUAGAGGAGCUUUUGGCCCGGAAAGAUGUUCCCCUAUGCUGGAGAGAGAAAGUGGACCUGGCCUCUGACAUCACCAGAGGGAUGAUUUAUCUACACUACAAAAACAUCUACCACAGAGAUCUGAACUCUAAGAAUUGUCUGAUAAGGGUAACUGCUAGAGGCAGAGAAGCGCUGGUGACUGAUUUUGGCUUGGCUAGAGAAGUGGUUGAACUUCCUGCAAAGGACAGAAAGCUUUCACUUGUGGGCUCAGCGUUCUGGAUGGCCCCUGAGAUGUUGCGUGGGGAGCCUUAUGACCGCAAGGUGGAUGUGUUCUCUUUUGGAGUUGUUUUGUGUGAAAUCCUGGCUAGAAUCCCGGCAGACCCCGAAAUCCUUCCACGCACUCAGGAUUAUGGUUUGGACGUGUCAGCAUUCAGCAGAAUGGUCAGUGGGUGUCCUCAGCAUCUUUUGGAGCUGGCCGCCAGCUGCUGUCUGAUAGAGGCAUUCAGGAGACCCUCUUUCACAGAGCUCUUGGAGGAGUUGAGUGAAAUGUCUGAAACUCUGGAGUCUCCUCACUGAUCUCACCACAGGCUGAGCUACAGCAGGUGCUUCAGUAUCCCAUCAGCCCUGCAAUGGACACCAACCUCUGGAGACACAGUCAAUGAGAAAUUCAGCUGAACUGAAGAUUUAUUAUUGAGCUGUUUGCAUUGCAAAAGCAGAGUAAGGAAUUUAUUUAUGGACCUAAAGCUUCAAUAGCUUCACUCAUUACAGUUUAACUCGGCACAACUGAACAUAGUGUGCACAGCAUACAGUAUACAGAUUAUUAUAGUAUACAGAACUGUUGUUCCAGCUAAAGGUGUGUUUAGCUGUUUGCAGUGUCAACAUUUCCAAGCUAAAGACUUUACCAAAAACAUGUUGCUACUUCUAUUUUUAUUAAUCCUUUCAUAUUUAAAAUCUCCUAAAUUGGAUUGUGACAUUUCAGUUAUCCAAAAGUCUGAGAGCUUUGUUAAACUUAGGGUCACAAAACAUAAUUUGGUUUUGAACCCUACUUUGAAUAUUUUCAUAUAUUAAAGGUAUUAGUAAACAUACUGUACAGUAUAGAUUAUUUGUUUUAUUUAUACACCAGGGGAAACGUUUUUGUCCAGAAAUGCACAAAUGAAUUUUUAUAAAACGGUCAGUUCUGGUCCUUGAUUCUGAUUGGCUGAGCGGAGUUCUAAGCCGUUAUAAAAUACCACAAUAUAUAACGGCUGACCGCACCACAUAGCCUAAAUAUCAUUUUAUUUACUUUAUUUUAUGAAACCUUGCUAAGCAUAUGGAAUAACCGUUUUAAAAAAGCAAUAAGCCCCGCGAAGCAGUGGGUUACAGUGAAUUUUAUAACAGCUACGGGGUUUUAGGCACCCCGCUUCGCGUCGUGCCACAACGCCCUUAGCUGUUAUAAAAUGCACUGUAACCCACUGCUUCUUGGGGCUUAUUGCUUUAGUAUAGUCUUUUGGAGAAGUCAGUACACUUAUUUCCUCAACAUUAAGCAAUUUAUACAGAAGCAAGUUCAUAGUUGUGGUAUCUGCUUCCACUGUGAGCUGAAGUCGCGCACUUUUUAAGCUCUUCAUAGAGCCCUGUUUUCUGUCUUUAAAGGUCUCUGUGUUGCUGUAACUCUCACCAGCACUGGUACUGCAAUGCUCUGGUUUGUGUUCGGUGAACAUUUUUAUCUUCUUUGCAACAUCCAAUCAAACAUCAAAGCUCUAACAAAGUUACACCUUUCACGUUUUAUUUCAGUUUACUUCAUUUCCAUGUGUUCUGAAUUUCAGUAGUUAUGGGUCAAAAAUUUGUUUCUUUUACGUAUAGUAAAAUAUUUCCUGUCUUUAAACAUACUGUGGUAAUAUGGCAUACACUUGUUUUGCUAAGAAGCAUGGCGAAAAGUGAGUAUUGGUUACCCAUAACUCCGAUUAGUUACUUAGUGCUUUAAUUUGUUCCUCUUAUUUGUAUAUCAUUUAAUAUUUAUCUAUAAGUUCAUUAAACAUAAAUGUCAUUUUAGUUUUAAUGUCGUGCUUUAGAUGCCUUUGUGAAUUGAUUUUUUAAACAUCUUAUAUUAACAAAAUAGAUAUUCUGUGCCUGAGAAAUUCUGAGAAAAGUGCUCUCUUUUAGUUCUGAAAUGAUCAUGUUAACCUCACUCUCACAGGUACACAGGCCUAAUUUGUUUAUAGUCUAAAAUUUUCUGUGGUUUAUAGUGUUUUGUAAUAUGUUGAACAAUGUUUAUUUUUCAAAUAAAACAACUGAAAAAACAUUUUCGUUUGAUUUUGGGAAAUGCCGCUAAACCUGCCGAGUAAAAUGAAAUGAACUUCAUUAUUUGUAUCAGCUAAAAUAAUUCUCUGUAUUAAAAGGGGAUGGUCCUGUUUCCCUGAUCGAUGCUGAAGUACGAUAUGGAGAUUUUGUGCUUUCAUUGUUACCGGACUAAAUCAAUGGACUUGCUGGUUGCUUUCAUGUCUGGUUACCUGGCAACUUUAUGUACAGUCUGGACUUUUAAGACUCCCAAUGCUAAUCAUUUUUAAGAUGUUGUGGGACCUGUUAUCAAACCACUCAAUGCUAAUGAUUAGAAACAUUGAAUGAAUGAAUAAUCAGAGUAUCAUGAGAAUAGCCUCGU